UUCUCUCUCUAGGGGAUUGAGAACGAAAACCUCUUCCAUUGUCUUGUUCUCUCACCUUCACAAUCAAUGGCUGAGACUCAGAUCUGAGCUUCAUUCUCUUCAUUGCUCUGCGAACUUCUGUGUUUCUCAACUCGGUGCUCUCUCAAUUAAAUAUUGUUGAGAUUAAUUAAGCAAUGACAAAAUCAAGAUCACAUUUCUCAAGCCAAGAUUCCUCAUUGUCACCUACUUCUGUAAGAUCGAGGGAAUGGGAAGGCCCAGCGAGAUGGACUGAGUACUUGGGUCCAGAACUGACACCUAGGAGCUCUAGGAAUCCUAGCAUUGAUGGCCAUAUUCAGAGUUCAGUCGCGUCCCACAAGGGUAUAAAUAUGCAGUGGGUAUUGCAACUUACUGAAGUUGCCAAGGGUCUUAUGGCUAAAAUGUAUAGGCUAAAUCAGAUAUUGGACUACCCGGAUCCAGUUGGCCAUGUAUUUUCAGAAGCAUUUUGGAAAGCUGGCGUGUUUCCGAACCAUCCAAGACUCUGUGUAUUGCUCUCGAAGAAGUUUCCUGAGCACUUUAGCAAACUACAACUUGAACGUGUUGACAAGGUCGCUUUGGAUGCUUUGCAUGACAAUGCAGAACUUCAUUUACAAAGCUUGGAGCCAUGGAUUCAGCUGCUUCUUGACCUGAUGGCAUUUCGAGAACAAGCUUUAAGACUCAUAUUGGAUUUAAGCAGCACUGUUAUUACUUUGUUGCCCCAUCAGAACUCACUUAUCCUGCACGUGUUUAUGGAUCUCUUCUGUUCAUUUGUUCGUGUUAAUCUUUUCUCGGAGAAGAUGCCAAGGAAGAUGAUGCUACAAACGUACAACCUUUUGCAUGCAAUGGCAAGAGAUGAACGAGAUUGUGAUUUUUAUCAUCGGUUGGUUCAAUUUGUAGACUGCUAUGAUCCACCGUUGAAAGGAUUACAAGAAGAUCUGAAUUUUGUGAGCCCACGUAUUGGAGAGGUGCUAGAGGCAGUGGGCCCUAUUAUAUUUUUAUCAACAGAUACAAGAAAGCUCAGAAAUGAGGGGUUUUUGAGCCCAUAUCAUCCUCGCUAUCCUGACAUUCUUACAAAUUCAGCUCACCCAAUGAGAGCUCAGGAUCUAGCAAAUGUUACAUCUUACCGGGAAUGGGUAUUAUUUGGAUAUCUUGUUUGUCCUGAUGAGCUGCUUCGUGUUACUAGCAUUGAUAUUGCGCUUGUUGUACUGAAAGAAAAUAUAGUGCUCACAUUAUUUAGGGAUGAGUACAUACUUUUGCAUGAGGAUUAUCAGCUAUAUGUUCUGCCAAGAAUACUAGAAUCAAAGAAGAUGGCAAAAUCUGGACGCACCAAGCAAAAAGAAGCAGAUUUGGAGUAUAGUGUUGCAAAGCAGGUUGAAAAGAUGAUUAGUGAAGUGCAUGAGCAAGCAUUACUAUCUUGUGAUUCCAUACAUCGCGAAAGGAGAAUUUUAUUGAAGCAAGAGAUAGGGAGAAUGGUACUUUUUUUCACUGAUCAGCCUAGUUUAUUGGCUCCAAACAUACAGAUGGUAUUCUCUGCCUUGGCUUUUGCUCAAUAUGAGGUCAUCUGGUAUUUCCAACAUGCAGGAAUUGCGUCAUCUAAAUCUAAAACUGGUCGAGUGGUACCAGUUGACAUUGAUCCAAGUGAUCCAACUAUUGGGUUUUUAUUAGAUGGAAUGGACCAACUAUGCUGUUUGGUGCGCAAGUAUAUUGCAGCAAUUCGAGGUUAUGCAUUGUCAUAUCUUUCUUCUUGUGCUGGAAGAAUUCGGUUUUUGCUUGGUACUCCAGGAAUGGUGGCUCUUGAUUUAGAUGCAAGCUUGAAAGGACUAUUUCAGAAGAUUGUUCUGCAUCUUGAAAGCAUUCCAAAACCACAGGGUGAACAUAUUUCUGCAAUCACCUGUGAUCUAUGGGAAUUCCGAAAAGAUUGGUUGUCAAUAUUGAUGAUAGUGACAUCCUCUCGGUCAUCAAUAAAUAUAAGACAUUUGGAGAAAGCUACAGUUUCCACGGGGAAGGAAGGGCUAUUGUCAGAGGGAAAUGCCGCGUACAAUUGGUCCAGAUGUGUUGAUGAACUAGAGUCUCAAUUAUCAAAGCAUGGGAGUCUUAAAAAUUUGUACUUCUACCAUCAGCACCUUACAGCAGUCUUCAGAAAUACUAUGUUUGGUCCGGAAGGACGUCCCCAACAUUGUUGUGCAUGGCUUGGUGUUGCUAGCAGUUUUCCGGAGUGCGCCUCCCCCAUUGUUCCAGAAGAGGUGACUAAAAUUGGACGGGAUGCAGUCCUUUAUGUUGAAUCUCUCAUUGAAUCUAUAAUGGGAGGACUUGAGGGCUUAAUCAACAUCCUUGAUUCUGAAGGAGGAUUUGGUGCUCUAGAGAUUCAACUUCUUCCAGAGCAGGCAGCUUCUUAUAUGAAUUAUGCAUCAAGAGUUUCAACGGCUUCAAUUAAAUCUCCAAAGGGAGCAGGUGGCUAUCCUUUGCCUGGCCAUGAGAGCCAUCCUGAAAGUAAUAGCUCCAUCAAAAUGUUAGAAGCUGCAAUGCAGAGGUUGACGAAUUUAUGCUCUGUUUUGAAUGAUAUGGAGCCAAUAUGUGUCUUGAAUCAUGUCUUUGUCCUGAGAGAGUAUAUGAGAGAAUGCAUCCUUGGGAACUUCAGGAGGAGAUUGCUUGCAGUACUGAAAACUGAUAAUGAUCUGCAACGGCCUUCUGUUCUGGAAUCAUUGAUUCGCCGUCAUAACAGUAUCAUCCAUCUAGCGGAGCAGCACAUAAGCAUGGACCUAACCCAGGGUAUCCGAGAAGUUUUGCUCACAGAGGCCUUCUCUGGACCUGUUUCUUCCCUGCAUUUGUUUGAGAAACCAACAGAGCAACAUACAGGAUCUGCUACUGAAGCUGUUUGCAACUGGUACAUUGAAAACAUAAUCAAGGAUAUCUCAGGUGCAGGAAUUCUUUUUGCUCCAAUGCACAAAUGCUUCAAGAGCUCAAGGCCUGUUGGUGGAUACUUUGCUGAUUCAGUCACUGAUCUAAGGGAGUUGAAGGCUUUUGUUCGUAUUUUUGGUGGCUAUGGAGUUGAUAGGCUAGACAGAAUGUUGAAAGAGCAUACAGCUGCUCUUUUAAAUUGCAUCGACACAUCAUUGCGAGCAAACCGUGAAGUGCUGGAGUUGGUUGCUGGCAGCCUACAUUCUGGUGACAGAAUAGAAAGAGAGGCGUCUAUUAAGCAGAUUGUUGAUAUGGAUACAGUAAUUGGAUUCUGUGUUCAGGCUGGUCUAGCUCUGGCUUUUGAUAGACAAUUAUCCGAAGCUGCUGGAACCGUUCUUGAAGAUGGUGCACCCUUGAUACAUUCAUUAUUAGCCGGAAUAGUUAAGCAAAUUCCUGAAGAAUUGCCUGAAAAGAAGGAAAUUAGAAGAAUGAAAGGGGUGGCUAACAAUGUUGGCAUAGUCAGUGAUCAUGAUUCUCAAUGGGUGAGACUGAUCUUGGAAGAGGUUGGUGGUGCAAAUGAUGGUUCAUGGAGCUUGUUACCAUAUUUAUUUUCCAGCUUCAUGACUUCUAAUAUCUGGUACACAACUGCCUUCAAUGUUGAUACAGGAGGCUUCAACAACAAUAUCCAUUGUUUGGCAAGGUGCAUCAGUGCUGUGAUUGCAGGAAGUGAGUUUGUUAGAUUGGAACGUGAACAUCGGCAGAGACAGUCUUUCUCUAACGGGCAUGCUGGUGAGGCAGGGGGUACCGAGAUACAAAACCGUUUGUCAGCUGAAGCAAGCAUAAAGUCCACAAUGCAGCUCUUUGUUAGAUUCUCUGCUGGUGUUAUACUUGAUUCUUGGAGUGAAACUAGCAGAUCUCACCUGGUAGCACAACUUAUUUUCCUAGACCAACUCUCUGAGAUUUCACCCUAUCUUCCACGAAGCUUGCUCGAAUCCCACGUUCCCUACCCCAUUCUCCGUUCAAUAUAUAGCCAAUACUACUCAAAUUCACCAUCCACGCCACAGGCAUUAUUACUAAGUGCUUCACCCCGCCACUCACCUGCUCUCUCACUUGCACAUGGGUCUCCAAUAGUGCGGCAGCCUCGUGGUGACUCUACACCUCAGUAUAGUGGUAAUGAUUCGGGUUUCUUUAAAGGAUCAUCAUCCCAUGGCCCGGACCACCUUUAUAAUACUGACAGUGCAAGCGUACGUGUUGAAAACAAACACCGUAGUGUUCGACGUUCUGGCCCCUUGGAUUACAGCUCAAGCCGGAAGGUAAAGUUUACGGAGGGCUCAGCUUCUGGGAGCAGCGGUCCCAGCCCAUUGCCAAGGUUUGCAGUGUCAAGAUCUGGGCCCUUAGCCUACAAGUAGAAAGAUAGCCAAGACCGAAAGAGAAUUGGAAAUGGUGAACUAAGUACUUGUCAAGGUCAGUCUUAAAGCAUAGGAAGAAAUUAAUGAAUGUUUCAUACAAGUUUUGGCAACCUGUAUCUAGCCAGAAUCAAUUGAACUUUUCCUCCUUAUAAUAGCUUGAUCAUGUAAAUUAUUACCUUUCGUAUUGCAAUAUGUAUCUCCUCCCCAUUUAAAGGGGGGGAAAAAAGCAGUGCGCCUAGAGGAAAAUGAUUAAGCAUGGGGUAAUACUCUUCUUUUCCAAAAUCUAGAAAAUAAAUUCUGCGUUAUUUUAUUUGGAAAAGUUGGGCUC